UUGUGCAUCAUUUGUCCUGCUGCUGCGUACAUUAUUUGUCCUGAGUACAUUGUUUUGGCCACAGACUGCGUGAGUGCGUGCAUGCAGCUACAUCCUUGCUCUCACGUGCUUGUGUGAUAUCCGCACCAACGCUAAAAUAUGCAACACUUGUAACGGGUAGCGGCCACACCCGGGCUCUCCACAUUAAAGGGGUGGGCAUAGCGCCUGGUGACAUACUGCCGUGUCACACAUGCUGGCAGCAAAGGGAAAUCAGUCACGCCUGAUUGUUCUACUGCCACCUCCACCUGUGUAGCAUCCAUCUGCCUGCACUCUACUCUGCCAAGACCAUGGCAAGGGUUGAGGGGACAAGACGUCCGUUGUGUGUGCUGAUGUCUGUGCUGAUGUCUGUGCUGACGCCCUUCACGUCCUCUACGUCCAGCGACGCCCUAACGUCGAUGGCCACCUUUGAUUAUUUUUACAAUUGGAGCAUCCCAGCAUCGCUGCUACAGCCAGCCUCCGUUGCUAUGACAACAUCAAAACUUCGCUGUGCGUCGAUGUGCGGGCUCACCCCCGGGUGCAAGGGCUUUGUCUUUUCCUGUCUGACGUCACAUCCUGCACACACCUGUGAGUGUUACGUCAGUCUGAACGUCAACGUCAGCAGUGGAUACCCGUCCACAGGUAGCAACGUGGGAUUGCUGGUUGAAGGGGGACGGGGUCUAUAUGGUUGCGGGUUGCGGCCUACAGUGUGGCAACGGACCGCCGUGACGUACACGGGGACCAACCACGGUGACGUGGCGAACUACAGCUGCCGUUACGCCCGACGUGUAUGUGAAGGGCACCACCACCAUCUCCUGCAUCAACGGCGAGUGGCAGACGCCGACUAUUCUGUGUGCACGUGCGUAUGUCCUUUGUCAUAAAUGUCUCAUGACAGUCUCUUAUACACACAAAUGCCACAAACAUCUGACACUCAUAAUGUUGAGGUAAUGCGAGGUAAGAGUACACCUAAGCUUCCCUUGAAAAACAA